GGGUCUCCGAGCGGAUCUCGCGGGCCUGCACGCUCUGACACCCUCGGGUCUGGCUCCACCCUCCGCUGGCCCUUGGCUCAGCCCAGCGCCGCUCCAGCUCGAGGAUGCCCAGCUCCCGGCUGUGACCUGCGUCCUCCGCCCGGCCACUCCUUUUCCCUGAGAGCAAGCGCCCUGGGGCUCUUGUCUCGCCGCGGUGGCCUCUGAACCCCCCGCAUUCGUUAGGAGGAGCAGGGCGGGGACACCUCUCUGGAUCGUACCGCGGCCCUAGCGCACCCGGGUGGCGCCAGUGCGCGCGCGGGGCAGCUGCGGGCGACGGGGACGCGCGGAGGGGGACGCAGCAAGGGGGCGCCUGGAAGGGCAGCGGCGAGGGGCGCGGCGCCGGCGGAAGCUGGGGUGGGGGCACCCGGGUGCGAUGCUGUGAAGGGCGAGCGACGCGGCGGCGGCGGCGGCGAUGAGUGCCUCUGCGGCCACCGGGGUGUUCGUGCUGUCCCUCUCAGCCAUCCCGGUCACCUACAUCUUCAACCACCUGGCGGCCCAGCAUGAUUCCUGGACCAUUGUUGGCGUCGCUGCCCUCAUCCUGCUCCUGGUGGCCCUUUUGGCUCGGGUCCUCGUCAAAAGAAAACCCCCGCGGGACCCUCUGUUCUACGUGUAUGCUGUGUUCGGAUUUACCAGCGUGGUGAACCUCAUCAUAGGCUUGGAGCAGGAUGGCAUCAUCGAUGGGUUUAUGACCCACUACCUGAGAGAGGGUGAACCAUAUCUGAACACGGCCUAUGGACACAUGGUCUGCUACUGGGAUGGCUCUGUUCAUUACCUGAUGUACCUGGUGAUGGUGGCCGCCAUCGCAUGGGAGGAAAGCUACAGAACCAUUGGCCUAUACUGGGUCGGAUCCAUUAUAAUGAGCAUUGUGGUUUUUGUGCCUGGAAACAUUGUAGGAAAAUAUGGAACACGGAUUUGCCCUGCAUUUUUCUUAAGCAUACCAUAUACAUGUCUUCCGGUGUGGGCCGGCUUCAGAAUCUAUAACCAGCCAUCAGAAAACUAUAAUUAUCCCUCAAAGGUUCUUCAAGAAGCCCAAGCAAAGGCCCUGCUGAGAAGACCAUUUGACUUGCUCUUGGUUGUGUGUCUCAUCUUGGCGACUGGAUUUUGCCUGUUCAGAGGCUUGAUUGCUCUGGAUUGCCCAGCCGAGCUCUGCCGACUCUACACACAGUUUCAAGAGCCCUACCUAAAGGACCCUGCUGCUUAUCCUAAAAUUCAGAUGCUGGCGUACAUGUUCUAUUCUGUUCCUUACUUUGUGAUUGCACUUUAUGGCUUAGUGGUCCCUGGAUGUUCAUGGAUGCCCGAUAUAACGCUGGUCCAUGCUGGAGGUCUAGCUCAGGCUCAGUUUUCUCACAUUGGUGCUUCACUUCAUGCUAGAACUGCUUACGUCUACAGAGUCCCCGAAGAAGCAAAAAUCCUUUUUUUAGCAUUAAACAUAGCAUAUGGAGUUCUUCCUCAGCUCUUGGCCUACCGGUGUACCUACAGUCCCGAGUUCUUCCUAAGAACAAAGGCCGAUGAAAAGGUGGAAUAAACAUACCUCAGUUCUCUCUGACCCUGUUAUAUGGAACGGAUGCUCUACUUCAUCCCCUUCCAGGAUACUCACGAGAAUACAGAUUCUACAGUGGAUGUGGGAGUGAAAUAACGGUAUUAUAUAGGUAUAUUCUCAUUUUUGAAGGGAAAUUCAAGUUGAGAAACAGCUUGUUUAAAGAAAUAUAUCAAAAUUUGUCUGUGAAUGUGACCAUGGAUCUUAACAUUGCACAUAUUGUGUAUGAAAAUUACAACUCUAGUGCCUACAAAUAGCAUAAAAGUGAAACUAUUUAGAAGUGACUAACCAUAUUCACUAUGCAUAUGAAACCAUUCAAAACUGCAAUUACAGGUUGGAGAAAUAACUUCGUAUGAAUUGUAUGAGUCAUUGACAACCUUAAUAUAAAUGCCAGAUCAUCAUAUUUUUAAGUUGUUUGAAGUGUCUUCAUAAGGAAAGUAUAUUACUUACUGCUGUUUUAAAAAAUUGCUAUCAAAACUUCUAUUGUGAACUUAAAUGGCUAAGAUGACACAAAUCAACUUUAUUAGUAGCCUUAAUGAACACUUGUUUUAUUGGUGGCUGGUAAUAUUUCUCUUGUGUUUCUGUGUAUACUAUCAAUAAAAUUAUUUUUGGUGUUUUA